AUGGCCCGCACGCAAAACCCGGAAGAACCAAUCCGCGUGAUCGUGCGGGUGCGCCCACCCCAAUCUGGUCGUGACGAUCUAGACGUGGACUCGCUCGCGAUCAGGGGCGACACCGUGCAGCUGAUCCGGAAGCAACGCACCUUCUCCGCGCAGUUUGACGCGGCCCUCGACGGGGAGGCGGAUCAGCGCUCACUGUUUUCGCACAUUCGGCCGGCCUGUGAAGCAGCGCUCGACGGCAUAAACGCGACGGUGCUUGCCUACGGGCAGACAGGCUCCGGUAAGACUCACACCAUCUUUGGCGGUCUCCUGCCCGACGAACAGGAGGGCGAAGAGCGCACCGGCAUCGCGGGUCGUGCGCUCCAUCAGAUCUUUGAGCAUGCCGCGUGCGCAGCCACCUGUGGGACUCGCGUCAUGGUCAGCGCGUCGAUGCUCGAGGUUUACAAUGAGACUCUUCGGGACCUGCUCCUGCCGAGCGUGGACGGCGGGCACGAGAGGCCAGCCCUGGCGCUCCGCGAGUCUGAGAGCCGAGAGACGUACGUGCAAGGCCUGACAGAGGUGCCACUGCAUGACGCAGCGGCUGCCGUGGCCUUGAUACGUCGGGCUCUUCGAAUGCGAGCAAUACGCGCGACCGACGCGAAUGCGCGGUCGUCCCGCUCGCACGCCGUGCUGCAAUUUAUCGUCGAGCAGCGAGGCGGUUCCGCGAGAGGCGGCCUUCGCUCGCGCUUCUGCCUCGUCGACCUCGCCGGCUCGGAACGUGCCAUGGCUGCAGAACUGCUCGCUCGAGACCACCAGCGCGAGCGCUGCCAGAUCAAUACCUCGCUGACGGCGCUCGCCAAGUGCGUGCACGCGCUCUCCGUCUCUACGCGUGGCGAGUCACACAUCCCAUUUCGGGACUCGGUGCUCACGCGCCUUCUGCAGCCGGCGCUCUCCGGCAACUCGCGCACGGUGCUGCUCGCAAUGCUCUCGCCCACAGCCGACGCGGUAGAGAACAAUCUCUCCACCCUGCGCUUUGCCGACCGUGCCAAGCGCGUG